GGAUUCACUGACACUUAUUUAGUUGUUUUCCGGCCGAGCAACUUGAAGGUUGUACAAUGCGAUCUCAGUGCUUCAUUUUGCUGCUCGUUUGGUUUCUCAGCCAAACCGAAGCUAAGUCUAAGGUUUCCUGUAAGGAUGAAGCUGGAAACGAUGUAGAUUGGUGGCACCUUUACAAGCUGCCCAAGCACUACCAGCACAACGAUUUGGGCAAGGACACCAGUGGCUUGAAGUACCUGUACGUGACCAGCCAGAACUACGACACCUGGCAGAUGUCGGGAAAGUUCAUUAGUGACCCCCUAUCGCUGCCUGCCCAGACCCUAAACCCCUUGAACGCCGAUCCCAGCCACACUCUGCUGGCCGCCUACAACGAUCAGCAGCCGAAUGGCACUGUUUUCAGCAGCGGUGGUCAUGCCAAGGGAGUGGUGGCCAGUGACGGGGAGACGGCUAUUUGGAUUGUCCACUCGGUGCCCAAAUUUCCCACGCUUCCGGACUACAGCUACCCCACUUCCGGCGAGCAGUACGCGCAGAGCAUGCUCUGCGUCACACUGAAGGGCGAGGAUCUGGAGAAGGUUGGUCAGAUUCUGGUGUACAAUGAACCGCACUUCUACUACCAACGUAAUCCGCUGGCCACUCGCUCCGAUGAGCUGUUCCCGAGCCUGGAAAGAGCUCUGCAUGGUCAGUGGCGGACGGAAACACCGUUCCAGAAUGACUUGGAGGUGCGCAGCUUGGACGGCAAGAAGUUCCGGCUGUUUGGCAAGAGUGGACGCGCCAAUGUGGAGCUGUACGCCGAUGUGGUCGCACCCACUCUGGAUGUCAGUCUUUUCGUGGAGGCGUGGCGCGACGGUGCCGGCAACCUACCGAAUAGCUGCGAUAAGUCCGACAAGAUCCUCAACGUGGAGUCCAUUUCCAAUCCGGAGCUAUCGGUGGACUUUAAGACUACCCAGGAUCACUCCAAGUGGGCGGUAUCUCGCCCCACGGGCAUUCUAAUCUACCAUUGGCGAGUUGGCGGCGGAGAUUGGAUUUGUGUGGGCGACAUCAACCGGCAACAAGGUCAGUUGCACCGUGGUGGUGGAACCGUGUGCCACAAGAGCGCCAGGGUAUCCAAUCUGUACCGCCAGCUGGUCGCCAACUACGACAAGUGCGCCGAACAGGAAUAGAAUCUGGAUUUACAAAGACCAUUUGUAGAGUUGCGUCAAAUAUAAAAUAAAAACUAUUUUUGCAUUACUUUUAAUGCAUAAAAGAAAAUGAAA